AUGAGACCUUCUUAUCUCCAAUUUCUGCUUCUCCUACUUGGACUCUUAUCUUGUAAUGCAACAAAACUUGCAUUCAGUUUUGAUUUGCGUGAUUCUAAAGUCAGAUGCAUAGAGGAAGAACGACAAGCACUCCUCCAAUUCAAACAACACUUUGUUGAUCCUUCCAAUUGGCUGUCUUCUUGGAACAGUGAUCAUGAGGAUUGUUGUAAGUGGGAAGGAAUUCAAUGCAGCAACCGAACAGGUCAUGUUGUUACGCUUGAUCUCCGGGCAGAAUAUUGGUGGUAUGUUGAACCUGCAACUAAACAUCUAGCAGGUGAGAUAAGCUCUUCAUUACUUGGAUUGCAAUAUUUGACUUACCUGGACUUAAGUUUGAAUAACUUUUCCGGGAAACCCUUCCCAAAUUUUAUUGGCUCACUCACUAAAUUACAACAUCUCUAUCUUUCAUAUACCUUUAUAGCUGGAACCAUUCCACAACAGUUAGGAAAUCUCUCGAGAUUGAUUUCUCUUGAUCUCAGAUGGAAUUAUGAUCUGGCGGAGGCAUAUAACCUUGAUUGGUUAAUUCAUCUUCCAUCCUUAACAUACUUGGGCCUAAGCAGUGUUAACCUCAGCCAGGUAGUCAAUUGGCCCAAUAAGGUUAUGAUGCUCCCUUCUUUAACACACUUGCGUCUAAGUGAUUGCAGUCUGAUCUCCACAAUGACUCCUCAAUUUCUUUCCAUCAAUGCUAAUUCCUCAUCCCAACUUCAAUUUCUAGAUCUUUCUUACAAUCAUGAUUUGACGGAGACACAUAAUCUUGAUUGGUUAACUCAUUUAUCAUCUUUACAAUACUUGGACCUAAGCGGUGUUAACCUCAGCCAGGUACUCAAUUGGCCCAAUAAGGUUAUGAUGCUCCAGUCUUUGAUAUACUUGAGUCUAAGUCAUUGCAGUUUGAUCUCCACAACGACUCCUCAGUUUCUUUCCAUCAAUGCUAAUUCCUCAUCACAACUUCUAUUUCUAGAUCUUUCUUACAAUCAUGAUUUGACGGAGACACAUAAUCUUGAUUGGUUAACUCAUUUAUCAUCUUUACAAUACUUGGACCUAAGCGGUGUUAACCUCAGCCAGGUACUCAAUUGGCCCAAUAAGGUUAUGAUGCUCCAGUCUUUGAUAUACUUGAGUCUAAGUCAUUGCAGUUUGAUCUCCACAACGACUCCUCAGUUUCUUUCCAUCAAUGCUAAUUCCUCAUCACAACUUCUAUUUCUAGAUCUUUCUUACAAUCAUGAUUUGACGGAGACACAUAAUCUUGAUUGGUUAACUCAUUUAUCAUCUUUACAAUACUUGGACCUAAGCGGUGUUAACCUCAGCCAGGUACUCAAUUGGCCCAAUAAGGUUAUGAUGCUCCAGUCUUUGAUAUACUUGAGUCUAAGUCAUUGCAGUUUGAUCUCCACAACGACUCCUCAGUUUCUUUCCAUCAAUGCUAAUUCCUCAUCACAACUUCUAUUUCUAGAUCUUUCUUACAAUUAUCUCACCAGCUCAGUAUUUCAUUGGUUGUUCAACGCCACCCUAAAUUCUCUUCGAACACUAAAUCUUGCUGGAAAUCAACUUGUUGGUGGCAUUCCAAAAUCUUUUUGGAAUUUAUGCGGCUUAGAGUCAUUGACUCUUUCGGAUAACAAUCUCAGUGGAAGUCUUUACGAAUUUAUGAGUAAUGUGUCGGGUUGCUUGGUGGACUCCUUGCAGAAGUUUCAAAUAAGAAACAAUACGUUCACGGGGUCAUUGCCCGAGAGUAUUAGAAACCUAUCCAAUCUUCAGACGUUGGAUGUUGCUCAGAAUUCCCUUGCAGGAGUGAUCACUGAAGCCCAUUUUUCAAAUCUCUUCAAACUGAAAGCGUUAUAUUUACAUUCCAACCCCUUGAUUUUGAGAUUCAGCCACGAUUGGGUUCCCCCAUUCCAACUGAAUGUUAUUUCUUUGAGAUAUUGCAAAUUGGGAUUAGCUUUCCCGAAGUGGCUUCAAAGUCAAAAGAACUAUUAUCUGCUUGAUAUUUCUAAUGCUGGAAUUUCUCACAUUAUCCUUGCUUGGUUUUGGGACUUCCCUCCCAUGUUAAUCAAUUUAGGUAUGUCUAACAAUCAGUUGCAUGGGAACUUGCCAGACUGGUCAUCAUCCAGACUUGGUGACUUUGCUAGUAUAGAUUUAAGCUCCAACCGUUUUGAUGGGUCAAUACCUCCUUUUCCAUCGAAUGUGUUAACACUAGACCUAUCAGAUAAUAGGUUUUCAGGCCCAAUUUCCUUUCUAUGUAAACUCAAUACUCCAAUGUUAUUGGAUUCUUUAAACCUCUCUUACAAUACAUUGUCUGGAGAGCUUCCAGAUUGCUGGACGUAUAUGCGUGACUUGGUUGUUCUUAAUUUGGCCAACAACAAUUUCUCUGGGAAAAUACCAGACUCAAUGGGCUCCCUAGUCUUGAUUCAACUUUUGCAUUUAAGCAACAAUAGAUUUGUUGGAAUGUCAAUGUCCCUUCAGAAUUGUAGCGAGUUGAUAACCAUUGACUUGGAAGCAAAUAACUUGGCCGGAAUGGUACCUCCAUGGAUUGGUAAUAGUCUACCAAAUUUGGUUAUUCUUAACCUACGAUCUAAUCAGCUUUAUGGAAGGUUGCCUUUAAGCCUAUGUCAAUCACAUAUUCAAAUCUUGGACCUUUCUUUGAACAAGAUCGAGGGAACUAUUCCAGAAUGUAUCUACAAUUUGACCGCAAUGUCUCGUACAGAGAGUACAAUUUCUGCCAUAUACACGGAUAAUGGAAAAAGAUAUUCUUAUGCAGACUCUGCAUCCUUGGUAUGGAAAGGAAGAGAGUUUGUGUUCAAAAAUUCCUUGAGACUUGUGAAGAUGAUUGAUCUUUCAAAUAACAAAUUACAUGGAGAGAUUCCAGAAGGAAUUACUAGUCUUACAGAACUAGUUGCCUUGAAUUUAUCAAGAAACAACUUAUCUGGAUUAAUCACUCCGAAGAUCGGUUUGUUGAGAAAGUUGGAGUCUCUUGAUUUAUCUAGAAACCAACUUUAUGGUGAAAUCCCAAUGAGCAUUUCCAACUUAAAUUUUCUUAGUCAAUUGGACUUGUUCGCCAACAACUUAUCAGGCAAAAUCCCAACAGGAACUCAAAUACAGAGCCUCGAUGCUUCUGCAUUUUUGGGAAAUCCUAAACUAUGUGGCUCUCCACUUCCAAACAAGUGUCUAGAAGAUCUUCAUCCAAAUUACAUUAACAAUCAGGGUCACAAAAAGGAUAAUGAUGAUGAUGAUGAUGGAUUUAUAACUAAAGGAUUUUAUGUUGCUGCAAGUCUCGGAUUCAUUGUUGGAUUUUGGGGGGUGUGUUGCAAUUCAAUGCUAAACAUACGGUAUAUAAUGAAGCGUCUCACUUCAAAUGCUCGAAUGAUAUUAGCAUAG